AUGGCGGACCUUUUCCGUCUCGAAGAUGGGUCACCAAAGACUGCCAUCGUAACAGGAGGAGCUGGUGGGAUCGGGGCCCAGACCAUCCGGGCCUUCUGUGAGAAAGGAUGUAAUGUAGUGAUCGCGGAUUUGCCAUUCGCCCAAGAGACGGCAAAACACUUGAUAUCCUCCCUUCCAGAGCCAAACCGCGCAAUGUAUCAUCCGACAAACAUUGUCAAUUGGGCAGAUGUGAAAUCGCUCUACCGGAAAACCAUCGAGAGGUUCGGCCAAGUUGACAUAGUCAUUGCGAACGCCGGUAUAAUGGAAAGCCAGGAGUUCUUCGACUUUGAGGAGGAUGAAGAUGGGGAAUUGAAGGAGCCUGUAGACGCGUACCGAGUAAUUGAUGUGAAUCUUAAGGGCACCAGGAACAACUCGGAUGGCGCGCGAGGUUCAAUAGUAUUCAUAGCCUCGACGUCAGGAUAUUUCGGCGGAACAGGCGUCGUGUCAUACAUCUCCUCGAAGCACGGUGUGGUUGGCCUCUGUCGAUCUUCUCAGCGCAUCGCGAACCAGUUGCAGAUACGAGUUAAUGUCGUCGCGCCAUUCUUCACGCCCACAUAUAUGACUGGAGGUUACGCCACCAAAUGGAGGGAAAGGGGGCUCCCGGCAAAUACGGUCGAAGAUGUGGCUACCGCAGUUGUGCGAACCGCGACGAACCCAGAGAGAAAGGGACAUAGCGUUAUGGUUGCUGGGCGGGUGGUAAGGGAGAUUGAAACAGCAAGAAGAGACUUGACGAAACAGUGGCUUGGUAAUGAAAUCGCGCAGAUAAUGGCGGACGGGGGGAAGUUCUUCGAUGAGAUGGGAGGGUAUCCGCUGCCAAAAGCUCAUGGAUAG